GGCGCUUGCGAGAUUGCGGUGUCCUGACGUGGUCUUGUCACGCGUAAUGGGAGUUUUCUUUCUGUUUCAGGAAACGACGGUGAAAACGAAGAACUUUUGCCUGUCAAGGAAGUCGGCACGCUUAUUGCAGUUUUCAGGACGGUGACUUCUGGACACCUGGGCUGAAACAAAAAAUGGAGACGGGUGCCUACGGGGCGGCCAAGGCCGGGGGUGCCUUUGACUUCCCGACUUUCCUGAAACAGCCGCAAACUAUCAUCCGCUUCUUAAGCUGGGUCUUUGCCAUCGUGGUCUUCGCGUCCAUCACCGGAGAGGGCUACGUGAACACGGCGCAUGACAAGGAGACGUCCUGCAUGUUCAACGGAAAUGACAGCGCCUGCCACUACGGCGUGGGCGUGGGCGUGCUGGCCUUCCUGGGCUGCGUGGCCUUCUUCAUCCUGGACGCCUACUUCCCCCAGAUCAGCAACGCCAACGACAGGAAGUACAUCGUCGUGGCGGACCUGGCCUUCUCAGGCGUCUGGACACUCCUGUGGUUUGUGGGUUUCUGCUUCCUGACCAAUCAGUGGUCUCAAACCACGGAGAAAGAGCACUUGGUAGGGGACGCUGCCCGAGCAAGCAUCACCUUCAGCUUCUUCUCCAUCUUCACCUGGGGGCUCCUGUCCUAUUUAGCACUGAAGAGGUUCCGGCAAGGAGUGGAUGAUUUUAGUCAAAACUACACAGACCCAAGCAGCGACCACACUACUCCGUACCCACCCUACCCCACUGCCAGCGACAGUUACCAGCAGUCCCCUUUCGACACCAACCCCCAGCCAGCGGCAGAGGGGGCUUAUCAGCCUCCUGUCUACUGAGGGCCAUCGUGACAUACUGUAAGAUGAAAAGAAAGAAGGAGGUUUUAAAGCAGACGAUACUAGCUCUGCUAUAAAGACUGGUCCUAGUGCUCCAACUCUUGAAAUUUGUUUUGCAAAGGCAUCGAUUCAAAAUGUCAUUCAUGGGUAAUUUGGUUAUACGUGGUAUGUAUGUGUAUAUAUAUAAAAAACAUGGCUGUAAAUGGGUGACAGUGGACACGUAUCCAGAAGAUAUGUGUAUAGAACUCUUUACAUUUUAAAAUACUUUAUGAUACAAAAUAAUAUAACACUGUGACUACUGCCUAAAUGCCCCCAAAAUAUCAAAUAUCAAAUAUCAAAUGAAUACAAGAAGAAAAUGUUUUGGGACUUUUCUUCUGAACCUUAAUUUUGGAUUCAGAUUGGAUUCCAGAUGCAGGAGAGAUGAAAACAAGUAAUUCAGAAAAAAACAGCCAUAGACAAAGCUGAUCCAUUUUGAAUUUUAAGUGUCCACUCUUACUAGGUGUACUGCUAAGGAAAAGGUGUACGGUUAAGCAUAGUCUUUAUGGCAGCGAGUCAGGUAUGCAAAUGUCAUACAGAGGCCUUCGGCAUUACUUCAAGCUGUCAGUGUUAUUUGUAUUGCAAAUUGACAAUGAAACACUGUGGUUCUGUUGUAGAGGACUAAUAUUGAAUCCCAAUUUGUUUUAAUAUCUGUACUUAACUACUGACACAAACUGUCAGUUCACGCUUAUCAGCAGUGUCACACCUUACUAGAAGAGAGAUCUUGAACGCAGAGCAGUGGUUGGGAACAACAUGGCUGGAAUAGAAACCGGUGAGCGGUCUGGCUUUUUUUCCCUAGGAUGAACUCGGUAACCUUGAUGUGCUGUUGUCUUGCAUGCACUACAGACAGGUGCCCGGAUGGAUGGCUUUUUAGUCCUGAAGUCCCACCCCCUCCUGCCUAAUUUAGUUUCUCUUGAUGAGUGCCAAUUUACUUGUGUUGGGACAUGCAAUCAUUUUGCAUUUUACUCCACUCCUUGAGGGAGAGCCACAGCAACUUGAGUUUUCAGCAGAAUCUCUGGUCCCCUUGUAAAAUCAUUCCUGUGUACAGUACUACUGAAAUGCAGGAUAAUAUUUCUGGUUUGGCUUCGUAAUGAAUGUUCCUUUGAAAUUGAACCGAUUCAGCGGGAAUUCCCCAGGAGGUGCUGCUUAUAUAACUGCAGGUGCAGCUUGUUGGGUUACACUUCCUAAAUUUACUUCUCGAGUAGGAGGUAACUAUAAUUACCUACAACAGUAUGAAGGUCUGAAACUGUUAAAAGGCACUGUAUACCAAAUACAUGAAUGAGGUGAUUCAUGUACUGUAUGUCUGGUUACUGUUUCUAGCUUUACAGAUUCAAUCCUCAUUUACGUUGAAUGCUCUUGGUUUCCCCCAUAUUUCACCUGAAAGUAUGCUGAUCACUCUACACCUGUGUGCCAAAUUAGCUGAUCUGCCUCCGAAAACAUGACAGCCUUAGAAACUUAACAAAUAAGCAUGAAGUACCUGUGAAAUUCCUGUGCCUAAAGUUCCUAGAUGUUUCACGAUCAUGAAAAAGAGCUCUAUUCUUUGCCAUGUUAUAAAGGCUACUGUACUAGAGUGAAAGAUUGGUACAGUUUGAGGUGGCCAUUCGGCAUUAUAAAUAGAUCUCUAUACAUCUGAAUAACCCAUUUUUUUCAAUAUGUUAUGCACUUUCUUAAAAGCACUAUUGAAGGAUUUGUGAAGCUUAGAUAUGUGUGGUCUUGAUUCAGCUGAUUUUAAACAUUGGCAGUAUACAGCAAAGAAAUGGAUCUUGCAUUGAAGUUUCAGGUUAUUGAUCCUGGUAGGCCGGUUCUUUUGGCAAUUCCAGAAUCACCCCAGCUUACGCUAUGCAAAGUCCUCUAAUGAGUGCAAGGGGCCAGUCCUUAUUUGGGGCUUGUAAUGCACACCAGAUCUAAACACAUUAAGUGCCUGGGUGCUGUGGGUCUGAGAAACAAUGGAGAACUGGUGGCAUAAUAAUGUGGUGAUCAAAGAUGAAUCUUCUACAUGCUGGAUUGCAGCAUAUUAUAACACAUUACCAUGCUUCACGCCAAAGCACAAACCAUCAUGGUCAUUUCAUUUUGUUUGCUGUGAGUGUAAAACAUUUUACUCCCAAGAGCCCAAUGGUAAAAAUCUGUUACGGUGAUGAGGCUUAUACUGAUACUGCAAACUGUAAGAGUACAACACUACACUGGAGUCAGAGUUACUCUUUAUCCCUCUUGAAAUCAGAAUUUUACAGAUGGAUUUUGGACAUUUGAGGCCACAAAGUUCACAGACCCAGCUGUGCCUUAUUCACCACCAGUGUCUUUUUUUUUUUUAAAUGCCACUGAAUAUUAUCUUCAUGCACUGGAUAAAAUGUGCCUUAUUGAUUUUUUUGGUUAUUAUCUUUGUUCAUAUAUAAUGUAUUUUAUUUUUAAAUAUUGUUAAACGAUAAUAGCAGUUGGCUUCCAAUGUAAAAUACCUUUAACAUUGACGUGGUUCUGAUUUUGAUACCGUUUGUUGUGUGUAUAUAUAUGCAAAGAACUCCUUAAGCAGUUUUUUUUAUAUAUAUGAGGCUUUCUGUUUUAUGAAAUUGUUACAAGAGCUGACAGGGCUUAUGCAGUUUCUGCAGCAUGCUACAGAACAGGUUGAACAAACAGUAGUUUGAAUUUCCUCAUUUACAGUGUGGUAUAUUUAAUCAAAUCUUUUUUUUAUGUAAGACCUUGUUCCUCUGUGCCAUCUUGCUCACCGAACAGCAAAAAUGUGUUAUAGCCAGUUUGCUUUUUAGCCAUUAUAAAUGCAUACCAAAACUGUUGAAUACUCCCAGUUUUAGCUGUUUUUUUUUGCUCUGUGAUUAAAAGGACUUUAUUCCUUCAGAACA